AUGGCAUCAGAAGAUGACCUCAACGGCCUCGACCUCCCCGAAUUCGGCUCCCUCCCUUUCGACCUUUAUGUCAUGGAAUUUCUUGGCACAAUCCCCUUGCCAGAGGAAAUCCCCAGCAACGUCCCCCAAAACCUCUUAACUCCCAAAGAACGCGCCCAUGACGGGCAGAUCGAGCGCACGUUCUUUAUCCGGACGUGGUACGGUGAUCCUAGUGACCCAGCGAGUCAGCAGAAGGCGGAUGACGAUUAUGCGCAUUUGGUUGAGGUUAUUUCGUCCGAUUAUGGGGAUAUGGGGCUUAUGAUGGAUAAGUUCUUUAUUUUUGAUGAGAAGGAGGAGUUUUCUUCCUCUCUUCUUUCUACUCAGAGCAGAGACGUUGAAUUUUCCGACGAUGUCGCGAUUCCCAGACCUGGAUGUAUGCCCUCGUAUGUUCUGGCCGCGUUGAUGCAUUGCCCUGACCAGAUCGAAGGGAAUCGAGUUGAGAACCUUCAUGACCUUCCGCCUGCUGAAGAAGCUGAGAGACGGCAGAUGCUUCUUGUGCUUGUUGCAGAUCGCAAGGCGUGUGAAGAAGGAUGGGUUCUGCAUCUGGCGAUCAACCACAAGGGGCAGGUUCUUCCUUUCCGGAUCAGGAACGGGGCGGACUGGGUUUCGGCUAGCUACGGAAAUUGGUGUGAUGGGCAGCAAUUGACAGAGAAUACGCAGGACCCUGAGGCGGACGUGGAGAUGUAUAUGGAUCAUGGGGCUGGGGGCGGUGGAUGGGAUUGA